AUGAACCGCUCUCCGUCUCUGCUGCGUCAGCUGCUGUGUCGCCGCUGGAUCUGGCAUCAGCUGUCUCCUCUGCUCGUCUUUGCUUUCUCUCUGCUUCUGCUCUUUCACGUCACCACCAUCCGCAAUCCGUAUGAGGAGAGCCAGACGGCGCAGGAAGCACCCACCCCCGGCCUUCCGCAGCGAGAGGGCGCUUCAGAGCGGCGCCCAGGAGGGAGGGUGGAGCGGGUCGUGGGGGCUGAGGUGACUGAGAAGCCCCCGCCGCCGCCCCCGCCUCCCCUCCAGCGGCUGCCGUCCAUGGGUGGCAGCUGGGCGAACCCCAAGCAGUGGAUGGCCUAUCCGCGGGCGGUGGUGGCCGAGCGGGAAGCGGCACUGACCGGCGCCCGGCGGGUGACGCUCGCCACACAGGCCUCACUGGACCGGCUGGCUCUGCUCCCCGAGCUGGUCAACCACUGGGACGGCCCCGUCUCCGUGGCGCUGUUCACACCUGACGUGGAACACCCGCUGGCAGCUGCGUUCGUGGCCUACCUGCGCCGCUGUCACGCAGUGAUCCGACAGAGAGUGACGUUCAGCCUGCUGGUGCCGGUGAACCGACCUCCGCGGCCGCUGGGCGGCUCUGGCCAGUUCGCCUCGUCUCCGUGCGGCGCCACGCGCGAGACGCUCUCGUCUGUGCUGCGCCGGCGGCCGGCCAGCGUCACCGCCUGGCGGCAGAAGAUGCCCUAUCCGCAGAACACGCUGCGUAACCUGGCGCGGAACGCCUCGCUGACGGAGUUUGUGUGGGUGGUGGACGUAGACGUGGUUCCGGUAGCCGGUGCCGCCAGCGCGCUGGACGAGUUCCUGGUGUCGCGCGCAGCCCACUCCUGCUGGCGCUGUGUGUUUGUUGUGCCAACCUACGAGGUGGAUGAGAGGGAGAGGUUUCCGGAGAGCGCCGAGCGUCUGUUGGAGCUGGUGCGGAAGAAGAGGGCGCGCCCGUUCCACGAGAAGGUGCUCAUCCAUAACCAGUUUGCUACCAACCACUCCAGAUGGCAAAGUCACGUGCUCAACUUCAACAAGACGGCCAUCAGCCAUCCAGUGACCAACUUUGAGUUCUUUUACGAGCCUUUCUUCGUGUCACGGAACGACGUUCCCGAGUACGACGAACGGUUCGUCGGCUACGGUUUUACCAGAAACACACAGACCUACGAGACGCUCUGCGCCGGCUACAAGUUUGUCGUCCUCGCCCCGCUGUUUUCUGUUCACUGGGGUCUUCAGGUGCGAAAAACUCGUCCCGGUUGGCGCGAACAACAAAACAACAACAACCGCAAACUGUUCAACGCCUUCAAGAAGGACGUGUUCGCUCGGUACGGCGCUGAUCCGCUCGGUAUGGUGAAUAAGAAUCUUGGUAGGAGUGAGAAGAGUGCUAAGAAGAGAACGAUACGCGUGGCUCGCGGGGCGGGCCCGGUGAAGGGCCGGGAGGGGAAUGGAGCAGGGGUCAGCCGCGGCACUGGGGCUAAUGGUCGAGUGAGGUGAUGGGGCGGCGAGUGGAGGGACAAGGGAUAGUGUAUAUCAGGUCUGGUAGUGUUUUCAGUCUGAUGUAGAUGUGACAUGCAGUUGCUCAUGGCCCUUUUGAUGGCGGCGGCUGGGUGUGAUCAUUGAUCAUUGAUGCGAUGUUUGUGGCUAGGCUAGAACAGUUGUUAAAACCUGCGGUCCCAUGCUGGCCGGCUGUCUCAGCAAAGGAAAUAAAUCACAACUAGCUUUGUGAGACCCUCACAUGCAUUUUAUUGAUUUGUUUGUGAAUUGGUCACACAAAUCACUAAUGUGUGAUA